AUGAGUACCUGUCCACCAACGAGAUUCCGUAUUACACCACUUCGUGCGCUGGUUGCAUUUCUACUUGUUGUUGCACUCUUCUGGUAUAAAAUUUUACUGGUGGAUCGUCAAGACUAGAUGUCUUCCUAACACUCAAUUAUCGACAUGAAUACUUGGCCGCCAAGGAGAUUUCGUGUGACACCACUACGUGCUAUAUUAGCAUUCUCAAUAAUUCUCCUCUUAUUCUGGUUGCGACUGCUGAAUGAGGAUCCACCGAGGCCACCGUGCAGCGUUCCCGAGAAAUUUACAGAACGUCUGCAUGAGCUGAGUUACCGGACUCACUUGGUACUGGCAAAACUUGGUCUCGUACAUUUCCUAUGCUUUGGAGCCCUCUGGGGUCAGGUGCGGAUUGGGCGUGCCUUGCCCUGGGCUCGUAAACUCGAACUCUGCAUGGUGGAUACAUUGAGAGAUGACGGGUUAAUCACAAAAGCCUUCAGGGAGGAGGGCUUGAGUGCUUCAUAUUUGUACGCCUCAGGGAUUUACAGAGUACAGGAGCACGAAGUUGGUGAGGAUGCUCCUAAACUUGAGAUCGUCGUUUUCGAAGAGGAUACAGUGACACAGAUGGUAAGAAGAGUCGGCUGGACGAGACGCGUUCUUCCCCCCGAUUGUGAGUUAUCACCGAGUUUACAGUGCUUCCCGCCACAAUUGGCGAUACCUCCAUUACCAGCAAAGCAAUUUGGUGGUCAUCUGAUGCCGGUUCCCCGCGAGGGUAUUGAGCUACAAAAGUACCAUUAUCCAAAUGACUGGUGGCUCGAGAUAAAGCCAACAGACUGUAUCGAACUGAAUCAGGAUAGUACGUAAAGUGCUCCUGCACGCGAUUUAACUUAGAAGUUAACAUCGAUAAUGGGAUUAAGGGUGAAAAGUUAAUUGUGAAAGACUCACGGCAGAGUGUUUAACUCACCGUUAACAAUGACUUAUAUACCUGUACAAAGAGAACAGCGGAUGCAAUUUCAGGAUGGAAUUGUGGGUGAUACUCGUCAACCAGAAGUUAACAGCUGCUAGUCAUAAAUUUAUCAUAUUCAUUCUUCAUUCCAGUACGAUAUUUCUAUCACUCGAGGCGAACGACUUAAUCAUGUUUUAUAAUUCAUUUACAAAGCGCUAAUUGCAUAUUGUUGUAAGACACUGGGACUAACGUGAAAGUAGAUGCCCAACAAAGGGCUAGACUAUGAAAAUGCUUCGUGCCACAUUCUAGUCUUCUUUUCAAUGUGAUUCAUUUGUAUUACAGUUUUGUAGUUCCUUUAUCAGAUCUUCCUCACAGAUUAGAUUUUACAAAUUAUACGAUUAAUAAAUGAGAGAUUAUAUCAGCA